UUUCAACCUUCGAUUCCGACCUUCUCCGAUAAAAAAAAUUAUAUUAGGUAAGAUCGCAUAUUCGUAAUUUAAAAGAUUUUCUAAUUAUUUGCGGAAAAAAGAAGAAAACUACAGCCGUUCGCAAUCGAAUCUUCCCGUGAUUCAUUUGGAGAUUGGAUUUAACUGAAGUAAGGAAAGUGAAGUUGAACGCAAUUAUAUGUAUCCCCGUCGUAGUGAAGAAAGGGAGAAACAUAACUGCAAUAUUGAUUAGGAAAUAAUUAAAAUGGGAAUACUGCUCUUACUGACUGCUAUUUACAUGAUGUCUCUGCCAGUUGAAAUUAAAAUAGGUUGUUUUUUAUCCUUAAGAGUCUAAUUCAGCCUUUAUGUGCCGUUGCACAACAUUUUUGUCAUGCACUACUUACUUUAUUGGCCUUGUAAGAUUGUGGAUUUCCAAAACCUGAUGCAAUGGCAACGUCUAGCAAGUUUGAUCUCUCUUCUGAUAGCCCAGAUAGGCCACUGUAUUCUAGUGGGCAGCGUGGAGCCCAAUUAGCUGCUCAAUUAGACAGAUCAAGUAGCUUUCGUGAGGCUAUGGAGAAUCAAAUCCAAUCUUCUUUGCCAAGUAUGUCAAGGAGCACUUCUGUAGUAGUCCAUGGAGACGUGUCCUACUUCUUACAGUGCUUGCGUUUUGAUCCCAAGGUGGUUGCUGCUGAACAUAAGUCUAGUUGCCAAGGAGACUUUAAGCGGCGCAUCAAUAUUGCUCUUGGCAUUUCACCUGAUGAAUCUCCAACUCUGUUGUCAAAAGGCAAGCUGCUGCCUUCUCCCAUACCUGAGGAAAUCAAACGAGUUAAAGCUGGUCUACGUGAUUGCUCUGUCAAAGCGAGGGAGCGCAUGAAAACUUUCAACGAAGCCUUAUCAGUCUUCAACAAGUUUUUCCCAACCAUACCAUCCAAGAAAAGAUCUCGAUCAGAAAGCUUAACCAGUGACCGCUCCAAUGCUUUGUUAUCGAGUGAUCGGUCAGUCUUGGGGCCAAGCGUUGGUAAGAUGGGAAUACAUAAUCAUUCCAUUGCUGGAGGUAUCGAAUUUGAGCAGCAGAAGUCGGAAGAAAGGCCUAAAAGUGCUUUUCCUAAUAAACGUACUCGAACUUCUCUGCUGGAUGCUAGGAUGGAUAUGCAGAAUAAUGCUCUAGUCAGGCAGUCUGGUAAUGCAGAUAGGGAUAGGGAAAUGCUCAGGGCUUCAAAUACUGCUGCAGUUCAGGGUGAAGAUAGAACUUUAUCUGGCAGUGUUGAUGGGUGGGAAAAGGCAAAGAUGAAGAAAAAGCGGUCUGGUAUAAAACCUGAUGUAUCUCCAAGUACCGUAUCGUCUAAACCAAUUGAAGGGUACCGGGAACCUAAACAGGGAAUACAGCAAAGGGCUGUUUCUGUUUCCCGAUCAAGGUUAAACAAUGAUUCCCAUGAGUUCAGGUCAGGAAUUGCUAAUGGAUCUGCUGGAGUUGGAAAAUCAGAAGGUACUUCGCUGCUGAGUGGCUUAGGUCCUAGGUCAUCUGUUCCUAGGACUGAUCUGGACAACAGUUCCCUUCGCAAUGAUAGGAGAGAUCAUCCUGUUCCUUCCGAUAAAGAGAGAGUGAAUCUAAGAGCUGUUAGCAAGGUGAGCGCGCGUGAUGAGUUUAAUUCAGCUAGUCCGACUUCAAGCACAAAACUGAAUGCAUCUAUUCGUGGUCCACGAUCGGGUUCUGGAGUUGCCCCAAAGUUGUCACCAGUUGUUCACAGAACAACAACAUCAAAUGACUGGGAGCUAUCUCACUGUACAAAUAAACUACCUACUGCUGGUGGAGUGAGUAACCGCAAACGCACGAUAUCAACUCAGUCUUCAUCACCACCUGUUGCCAAUUGGGCCAGUCAGAGACCACAGAAGAGCUCACGAACUGCAAGACGAACAAAUCUUGUUCCUAUUCUUUCAAAUAAUGAUGAAACUCCAUUGCUGGAUAAUGUGUCUGAUAUGGCUGGAAAUGAGAUUGGGUCAGGAUAUGCUAGACGCUUGUCAAGCGGUUCUCCCCAACAAGCUAAACUAAAAGGUGACGCUUUAUCUUCAGUUGCUCUUUCUGAAAGUGAGGAGUCUGGGGCUGCUGAAAUUAAAUCUAAAGGGAAGGUGACCAAGUCUGAUGAAAUAGAUGAGAAAGCUGGACAGAAUGUUAAAAAAGUAUCAACUUUGAUCCUGCCAUCAAGAAAGAAUAAGCUGAUGAAUGGAGAAGACAUUGGGGAUGGUGUACGACAAGGGAGGACUGGGCGAAGUGUUACUUCUACAAGAUCUGUUAUGCCAAUGGCAGUUGAGAAGUAUGGCAAUGUUGGAACAGCAAAACAACUCAGAAGUGCCAGGCUUGGAUUGGAUAAGGCGGAGAGCAAGACUGGUCGUCCUCCAACUAGGAAGCUCACUGACCGCAAGGCUUAUGCUCGCCAGAAGCAUGCAGCAAUGAAUGCAGCUGCAGAUCUUCUUGUUGCUUUGGAGGAUGGAAAUGAAGAGUUGGUUGCUGCUGUAAACGCGCUUAUUAGUUCUGCUCAAGCCUUCCCCAACACAUUUUGGAGGCAGAUGGAGCCUUUCCUUGGUUUCAUAUCUGAUGCAAAUAUUGCCUAUUUAAAGAAGCAGGGAAAUUAUGAAUUCACCAAAUUGGGAUCAACACCAGUUUCUUCUAUUACAGAUGGUUGUAGUACCAUAUUCAAUGGGUGUGGAUUACUUGAAGAUGAAACAGAUGGCAGAAUUGGUGCUGUAGCAUCAGUUGAUGAAAUUCAUUCACAACAGUUACUCCUGGAUACAAGGGAGAAUAAUGUGAUUCCUGUUUGUCAAAGAUUUUUAGCAGCUCUAAUUCCAGAAGAAGAUAAUGGUAGAGAAAAUGAAGGCCUCCCAUUUGACAUUUAUGGAACUGAAUUUAAGAUGGAUGGGGAAUCACGAUCCAAUGGUUUGAGUCAUAUUGUUAACUUUCAAUCGGCUGGGCAUGCUUCAUUUGAUGGUUAUAGGAUAUCUAGGAAGCCAGAACAUGAUCCUGAAAUUGAUGUGUUGGGAAACACAGGAAUUAACAACUCAAAUUUUAGUCAUUCCCAGAAUGACAGUUUUCCAGACCAACCAAUGCCUGGCAUGGUUUGUUCAGAAUUACAAUACGAGAGUAUGAAGAUAAACGAGAAACUCAUUUUGGAGGCUCAAAGUAUUGGAAUUUUUUUAGAACCUCAGUCUGACAUAGCACAAAUGGGGGAUGUUGAGAUCCUUGAGGACAUUAGUAAGCUAGAGGAAAAGCACAAGGAACAGGUUUCAAAGAAGAAAGGUUUGGUUGAUAAACUAUUGAAAGCUGCCUCAAUAACAAGAACAAUUCAGGAGAAGGAAUUCGAACAACGAGCUCUUGACAAACUUGUUACAAUGGCUUAUGAAAAGUACAUGAGUUGUUGGGGUCCUAGUGCAACUGGUGGAAAGAGUUCCAGUAACAAAAUAGUCAAGCAAUCUGCCUUAGCAUUUGUUAAACGGACAUUAGAUCGAUAUCAUAAAUUUGAAGAUACAGGCACAAGCUGCUUUGAUGAGCCCAUGCUUAGAGAAAUGUUUCUUUCUGGGUCUUCCCGGCUAAAUGGUACACAGUUGGUAGAUACACCUGCUGAUACUGAAUCUGGAAAGCCAUGCGCCAGAAGUUCCACCCGCUCUCUGGAAGCUAGAACCUCAGGUCAAAAUGGGGAUAGCUAUGCUGUUAGUUCUUCUGACCUGCUUCUACCCACAAGUCGGUCAUCCGAUCAAACUGUUGUAAAAGAUGAGUCGUGGUCUAACAGGGUGAAAAGAAGAGAGUUAUUGCUGGAAGAUGUGGUUGGUGGUACUUCUAGUGCCCAGCCAGGCAUUGGAAGUUCUUUGUUGAGUAGUACAAAAGGAAAGAGGAGUGAGAGAGACAGAGAAGGAAAUGGACAUGGUAGAGAAGCAUCUAGAAGUGGAACUAAUAAGAUUGGUCGACCUGUAUCCAAUGCAAAGGGGGAAAGGAAAUCGAAAACAAAGCCUAAGCAGAAAACAACUCAGCUAUCUGUUUCUGUAAAUGGCCUUUUCGGCAAGAUGUCAGAGCAACCCAAAACAUCGACUUCUGUAUUGAAGACAAGUGAGAUAGCCACCAAUAAUAAUGCUAAAGAAAAAGAUGAGUUUGGCCUGGAUGUAUUGGAUGACUUACAACUACCGGGACAAGAUUUGGGUUCAUGGUUGAACAUCGAUGAUGAUGGGUUACAAGAUCAUGACUUCAUGGGCCUUGAAAUCCCCAUGGAUGAUCUUUCCGACUUGAAUAUGAUGCUGCAGUUAAAAGUUGUUAUACAGACAUGGUAAUUUCCCCUCAGGUUUUGUUCAUGAAGUUUCUUCCGACGCUAAGAGGUUCUCACUUCAAUAAUCUCAGGAACUACGACUCAAAAAUGGUUGCUGGUAAAAUUUCUCUCUUGGAUUUUCAGGUCAAGAUAUGUUCCCCUCAAAUUGAGUGUAAUGCCAUCUGCCUCGUUCUGAUUAUUCUGCAUUACCACCAAGGUAAAUCCUGAAUACCCUUUUCUAGUCUUGUAUAUAGACUUCCGUCCAUUUUUAUGUUGUUUACUGCUAUGUUAUUCGAACUCAGUAUGAGUGUACGGUA